AUGGUCGCGCAGCAGCUUCGCACCAUGGAGGAGACUUCUGCUUUCCGCCACUCUCGGGCUGCCCUGGAGACGGCCGAAGUCCGGGGGGAACUAGAAGCGGCACUAACCAUGGCCGCCCAAAAGACAACCGAGUUGUACAUUGUGCAGGAUGCACUGGACGAGAUGAACAGUCAGGACGAGCGUAUCUCUCGACUCCGCGAGCAAUUUCAGGAGCUCCAGGCGGAGGCACCACGCCGAGAUCCGAGCUCCGAGAUGGAACAGCUUCGCAGUGAGCUCACUAUGCGGAUCAUCAACGAUUUCGCCGAGACCAAGGUGAAGCUCAGGACGGAGCUCAAGGAGGCCACUGCAGAGCAGAAGCUCCUCCAGGAGAGACUGGCCACCGCCCAAGCCGAACUGGCGGCCCGGGGCAAAGGCAACUAG